GAGUCCUGGCGGAAAGAGCGAAAUUAUUACAACAUUGCAAAAGGAUACAUAAGGACGUCCCACCCCAGCACCUCGGCGGCGGUGGUAAUGUCUCGAUGUAGUCGAGGUGGCCAGAGUGAGAACGCGAGUGACAAUCUCCGGACGGAAAACAUUUAGUUACGAGUUUUUGCAUACACCAGACGGGAGCGCGCGCGCCAUUAUCCAUGCAUACUCUCGUUGUGAGAACGUGGUGAACCCAACCAGGACAUUCCUGCUAAUCCAAGGAUACGCGCCCGUGUAGUUCAGUUCAGUACGUUCGUCGGAACUCUCAAGAGUCGGUUUAGCUCCCGGUGCAAAAAUGGACCCGCGUGCAAGUGUCAACUGAAGACUCACUUAACCCAGUUCAAAGGGGUUCAUGAACGAAGCUGGAAAAGCAGCAGCAGCGCAGCAAAAAAAAAUCGAUAUCUCAUUAAGGAUUUCAAGUGACAAAUAAAACUGAAAGUGUUCCCCAACCCAGAGCAUCAUGCACUCUUCUGCAUCGCCACUUUCGUCGUCCUCUCCGCUGGAUCUGCGGCCAGUGCUCGGGACGAUGCAGCACAACCCACAUGACCUGUACCACCACCAGCCCCAUCACUACCCCCAACAACCUCACCAACCCCCGCAGCACAACGGAAGCAGCAAUAGUAGCACCCCUAGCACAAACAACAACAACAACAACACAGAACCCAACAACUCACAGCAUCCGCAGCAGCACCAAAACCAUCAAGACGACGAAGGAACGACAAACAAUGCUGCUGGCACCGCCGGAAGUGCCGGAAGUUCCAAGUCGUCGUCGUCUUCGUCACGCUCGGCGUCGCAAGCGCUGGUGAAGCCACCGUACUCGUACAUUGCACUCAUCACGAUGGCGAUCCUGCAGUCGCCGCAGAAGAAGCUCACGCUUAGCGGGAUAUGCGAGUUUAUUAUGAACAGAUUCCCGUACUACAAGGAGAAAUUCCCCGCCUGGCAGAACUCGAUCCGGCACAACCUGAGCCUGAACGACUGCUUCAUCAAAAUACCUCGCGAGCCAGGCAACCCCGGCAAGGGCAACUUCUGGACGCUGGACCCACUGGCGGAGGACAUGUUCGACAACGGGAGCUUCCUGCGGCGUCGCAAGCGCUACAAACGGACCACCAUCCCGGCGGGGAUGGGCUUCCCGGCGGUGUUCAACCCGUUCGCACCGUUUUGGAUCCGGAAGCCGGUGCCGGUGAUUCCGAUGCAGUUUCCCGGACCACACGGGGGGAUUGGUGGGUUCGGGGACGGGUUGGGGAUUCCGUCGUCGAGGAACGAUUUUAUCCUGGACAGUAAGCUGAACCUGUUUGGGGGCAAGAUGGAAGAUCUGAACGUGGCAGUGAUGGAGAACAGUGAGUUUUUGCAGCGGAAUGUGGACAGUUUGAAGAUUUCGAACGCGAUGAACAAAUUCUUCCAUGGGUAUGGGAGUGGUGGUGGUGAGGGUGGGAGUGGUGGACCGAGUGGAACCUACGAGGACAACUUACAGUGCAAUAACAAUAACAACAAUAGUUCAAUUAGUAGAGAUAGCAUGGGUGGAUAUUUUACGAAAAAUACCAACAGCAAUGUUCCUAUUCCGAAUGUGGACGGUGGUUAUCCGUCGUCGGUGAACCGGAGUCCGUCGGCCGUCGGAACUGGGGGAGAUAAUGGCAGUGCGUACGAGCUGGAUUUGUCGAACGACGAUAGAAUAGAUGUUGAAAGUGAUGAUGAUUUUAAAUCUGUUGGAAAAGGAUACGGACCGGAUCGAAGUUAUGGAGGAGUGAAUGGUCAUCAGUCUCCGAUCGAGAAAGAUGGUGAGUCCGGGAAACCUUCCACCGAAAUCGAUGACUACGGCUGUGAGGACGAUGAUAAUUCAGACAAGGCUAGCAGCGCAUCUCAGGACCAUCCACCGGAAUCGCAGAAACAGUUUUACAACAGUAGCUACGAGGACAGUAUCCACUUUCUGCCGGAAGCGAUCGCCGGAAAGUACGACAAUCUGAAACGGGUCGUCGACGGAGAGGACUUGAACGUGGUCGACGGAUCCUACGGCGAGACUAAGCUGGACGGGUACGAGUUUGGCAGUCGAAAGCGAAAGUACGGCAAUACCAAAGGAUUUAGCAUAGAGAACCUGAUAGGAUGUAACGUCGAGGACAGAUGAGCCGACGGGGUGCGUUCGCCGGAUGGAGAAUACCAUUUUAGUACCUAAUAGUCCGCUGCAUGUGUACAUUCACCGUAGAUUUUUAAGACACCUUUUAAAAUGCGUAUUGUAACGAGACCGUAGAGCACCAUUUGUUGUAAAUAGAAACUCGAAUGUAAUCAAUAUUUGUGAUGGAGUAAUAAACCUGUAAUUUUAGAACAAACCGAACUCGUACCAUCGUAUUGA